AUGGCCGAGCCCGAUCUUCUGGAACAAGAAAAACUCGACGAAAUAGAUCCUUUACGACAUUUAAGAGUUGAUGGUGAGGAUGCUAUUGUACCAACGCAGCCGCCUUCGGUGCAUCGACAAAUUCAAACCUUGAGCUUCGGUUCCAUUAGUGUGAAGCUACUUGUUGAUGCAGGACCCGGGUGCGGAGGGGUUGCUUGGCCUGCUGGAGAAGUUCUUAGUCAGUAUCUGGUCCAUCGCGGUCCCGAGUUCAUGCAAGGGCGAAGAGUGCUGGAACUUGGGAGUGGCACGGGACUUGUAGGACUUGUCGCGGCACAAUUGGAGGCUUCUAAAGUCACAAUUACCGAUCAAUUGUCAGCUUGCACGACUCAAGUAUAA